AUGGUGCGGAAAAGGCGCGCCGCGUCGCUAGCGAUGGGUGACGCACGAAGUCCAUGGAACCGUUCCCAUGACGCAGCCGUUGUGCUUAGCUGUGCCCGGUCUUCCAGUAGCAGAGGCAUGGUGAAAAUACUGGCCAAUGGCGAGAUUGUGCCAGACAAUGACCCCAGAGCGCAGGCCUCCGGUUCCACGGGUUCCAUGGGUCCCACGCAACGGCGCCCCGAGAAGGGUCGACCAUCCGAGUCCAAGGCGGCCCGCCCGGCACCAGAAGCUGGGGAGGAGAACGUCAUCGUAGGAGACCUGGCACGGAUGGUGGGGGUUUACGGCAAAAGCCAGGAGGUCAUGGGACGCGAGAUUCCUUUGAUCUAUCUGAUCGUAGGGGGUGUGCUGGCACUCUUGUGGCUCAGUGGGAAUACCAACGCGAUCCGCAUGAUUGCCUUUGCCUUGAUCGCCUAUGUGAUGUACACGCAGUACACCAGGGCGCGCUGGGCUCAGUGGCCCUGCUAUGGCGAUGAAGAUGAUGCAUGGUACAUGGACAUGGAGAUUCAGGCUGCCCGAGAGGCAGUGGAUUCCUUGGGAGAAGCCAGGCACGAUCUUGGCAAUAUCCCCCACCGCAUCCUCAGUCGCCGAGCUCCUUUCCCAGAUGACAUCGCGGCAGACGUCUAUGCCCAUGAUGUGAUUGGUCGACCUCAACUCUUGGCCUUCAAACGUCAGGCAAAGCUUCAGGCGGUGAUCUUGGGUGAGGGUGAUCCUGAGGAGUCAGAGGCAGCGGAAUGGUUGGUAGCCGAUAGCUCUCAUGCGGAAUUUGGAACCUCCAUUGAUGCAGACCUUUUGAACAAUGGGGCUACUGGUUUGGCUUUUUCUGUGAAAGGUGUUGUCCUGAUUCAAGGUGAGGAAGUGUUUGUGGAAAGAGUGGCCAGUAGGGACGUUGAGGACUGGCGGAAGAAGCGGGGUCUGGAGGCAGCAGAUUUGCGGCUUCUGGGAAACCAUAAAGACGCUUCGGGAAAGCGACGGCUUGAAUUGGCCACUGCUGUCAGCCUCAUGAAGGGAGUGUCCAAAGAAGACGACAAGAGUGAUUUCCCCAUCUCUGGAGUUCAUGCAGCCAAGGAAUAUCAUGAAAGUGUUGCCUUGGGUCCUGGGAAUUUUCUCAGUUACCAUGCGGAGUGGCUUCGUUUGUCAGGAGUUGGGAGGAGAUCAUCAGCCCACCACAUUCACAGGAGUUUGUGUGAAUGCCUUCGCCUGUUACAUUCCUAUGACCAGAUUGAUGCAUCCACAACUGCUGUCGGUGAAUUUUUGAGCCGUUGGGCAGUGCAGACUGAGCUAGCUGUUGAGAGGUCACCCACACAGCCAGACUAUACUGGUCUUGACAUCAUUUCUGGAGCAGCCAUUCAGGGAGAUGGUCGGGCCAGCACCUCCAAGUUUGGUGCAUGGGUAUCCACUCGCUUGAAAAAGCGAGCUCAGAUCUGGAAGCAGGAAAGGUUGUAUGCGCAGGAACGUGGACAUCUCCGUGGUCGUGGAAAAGGUACUGGCCGUGGUGGAGACGAUGGAUCCAGUGAUGAUGGAGGAACAGGGGCAGCGCCGCCCGGAACUUUUCCGGCUGCUUCUGGAAUGGCGGAUGAUGCAUGGAAAGAAUUUAGCUGUCGGAAAGCCUCGGCCCACAGGCGACACGGUGACCCUUUUCCUCUACCGCGCCUAGGUCAGCCGAGGCAGACAGACCCGCUGAGACGGCGACUGGAUGGUGCUUUUGGUGCUGUCAACAGUUUAGCUUCAGCUGUUUUUGAGAAGACCGAUAACCCUGAUCUUCCUCUGACACGUGUACAGUUGUGGAUGAUGAAUGAUCUUGGCAGGAGAGUAUCCAACUACGGUGAGAAGCUUGACAACAUGACGCCAGACGAUGCUCUUCGCGACCUUGGGUGUGGGGCCAACCUGUAUUCUCAGGAGGCCAAUCAUGUUGCUGACUUGGACAUUGAUCAAAUCAAGAUCCUUAGUCGACAGCUGGACCCGAAGCCUGCCUCAGCACUAGCGCCCCCUGAGGUCAAGGCUGUCAUAGACAACUUUGCGGACAAAGUGGAAAGAUCCACAAGCGAGAUUGAAGCCAUGAGGGAUGGGCUGCGGGUGCGAUCCAAGAAGGACAGGGCAUGGCGACUCUGGCUGGCCACCAAGGGAAUUUUGUCACGACGUAGGGUCAGUCAAAACACUCUGACACGAUAUCUUCGGCAGAUUGAGGAGUUUGAAGAAUGGCUGAGGAGCAAGAGACAGAGGUGGAGUUUUCCCACUUUAGAUCGCAAAGUCACUCAAUAUAUCACUCACCUGUAUGACUCUGAUGCGGAAAUGUCUAAAGCAUCCUACCUUAUUUACGGAUUGCAGUUACUGAAAUGCGAAGGCUCCAAAGACUCGUUUUUGGUAGGUUCCAAAGAGGCUCUGAGUGGGUGGAGAAAACAAGAUCCUGGUCAGAUGCGCGUGCCUGUUCCUGAAGAAUUCAUUUUUGAUCUCAUGACGCUGGCUCUUGAAGAUGACAGAAUCGAUUUGGCUAUGGCUAUGUUGAUUCAAUUCGAUGGCUAUUUGAGACCAUCCGAGUGCCUUUCCUUGACCACCGAUCAUGUAUGUCGGCCACAGGGCCGUCGCUAUUUGCACUGGGCUUUGAUCAUUGCUCCAUCCACUUUGCAGCAGACUACCAAGACGGGUCAGUCAGAUGACUCAAUCCUUUUAGGGGAUCGACCUCACAAUGGCUGGAUUAAAGAAUGUAUGAGACUUUUCAUGAAGACUGUGAAAUAUGAGCUGUUUCCUGGCCUGACCUUGUCGGGAUAUGAAACUUGGUGUCGUCAAGCCUGCUUGCGAUUGUCCUACAAGUGUUCAUGUGUCAUGCCUCAUAUCAUUCGACAUGCCGCUGCCAGCAAUGACAUGUAUCAUAGCAGGCGUUCUUUGGUAGAGAUUCAGAAACGUGGCCGAUGGGCUGCCAAACGAAGUGUCUCUAGAUACGAGAAACAUGCGUUGCUUUUGGCGCAAUGGCGUCAAGUGAGCCCCCAGAGAAAAUCCCUGGUGGAAGCUCAGUCUCAAAGCAUCAAGAGUACCAUUUUAACUGCUUUGCGAACCAACGGUUAA